UAGAAACUGCAUCCACAGCGACUUGGUUCUGCCAUUCCUAGAACCCGUCGGGCCUUCCCCUGCAGUGUAGAAGUUGCCACCGCGCGGGUGGAAGAGGGCUCUCUUCGGUGGUGGUGGGUUGUCUUCUCAGCGGACGGGAACAAAACGAAUCUUCCAACGCUCAGGGCUCCGGCGACCCCUCUUCCCUGCGUCAUGGCAGUCCCAGAUGAAGAAACUGAGGGACAGAGAAGUAGAACAACUUACCUAUUAGAAGAGCUAGUGGCAAGUUGCAACAAGGACAGUGUCAGAGCAGGCUGCAAGAAGUGUGGCUACCCUGGUCAUCUGACUUUUGAAUGCCGCAAUUUUCUCCGAGUAGACCCCAAAAGGGACAUCGUGUUGGAUGUCAGCAGUACAAGCAGUGAGGACAGUGAUGAAGAGAAUGAGGAACUAAACAAACUUCAGGCGCUACAGGACAAACGAAUAAAUGAAGAAGAGGAGAAGAAAAAAGAGAAAAGCAAAGAGAAAAUCAAAUUGAAAAAAAAGAGGAAAAGGUCCUGUUCCAGUUCUACUGAAGAAGAUUCUUCCAAACAAAAGAAACAGAAAUAUCAGAAGAAAGAAAAGAAAAAAGAAAAGAAGAGCAAGUCAAAAAAAGGGAAACAUCACAAAAAGGAAAAAAAGAAGAGAAAAAAGGAAAAGCAUUCUUCCCCUAAUUGUUCAGAAUUCGCCAAAAAGUAACUGUCUUUGGCCUAACUUGAGAAAUUGAAGAAUCAGUUUUUUUCAUUAUUUGACCUUCUUUGGAAUUGUUAUAUAAUUACGCUUCUCAGCAAAGCUCACCUUCUUCCUUUUAGACAUUUUUCAUUAUUGGAACCAUUAUCCAUCUAGCCACUGGCAUUAAAUCAAUCUUGUUACUUGACAACCAUGCCUCAUGUAUAAAUAGUUGUGCAUGUAAAACACAUCAUUUGGUAUUUGUGUUUCUGUGUGUUUGGCUACUGUCACUUCAUAAGUUGAUUGUAACAUAGCUUUAUUAGUCAACACGAGUAAUCUACAUAGCAGCUAUUAAAUAUUGCUGAGUCAAGGUCCACCUUCCAGUGAUAAAUGUCAGUAGUAAUGAUUUGCUCUUGAUAUUGAAAAGUUUAAUAGCUUUAUAUACCGUGUAAUGUAUAAAGAUGGUGAAAUUCUUCACUGUUGUUUUUAAAUCUCUAGGCUUUUUUAAGAUAUUGAAGAUAAAACUGCUUUACUGAUCUCAAGUGAUACUUUUUAAUGAAUGAUAUCUAUGGGAAGAUCACAAUGAAAAUAUUUAUAACAAAGUUUUGUUUUGUGAAAAGCGGCGUUUCUGACACCUGCCUCCCUUGUUUUUUAACAUUUAAAAUAUUUCUUCUUUUUAAAAGAGACUGGCUUAGUUUAUUAGAAAGUCUGUCAAGGAUUAUUCUAUGUCAGUCAGGAUUUUUAGGGUAGACUCCUGGUUGAUUUACAAAUGUGCCCUAUUGGCAAGUCUUACAGUGAUACCUCAAACAGGAAUUUUACUUAGGAAAACAUCAAAGUCUUCAUUGGAACUGAUUUUUAUUAUUUUUAGAAUAUAAAUUUUAUGAUGUGUGUGUCAAUGGGUAUUGUGGAAAUUUUUUAUAAAUGUUAGCAUAUAUAUUUAUUUUGUCUGAAAUGAUUUAUGGCUUUGAAGCAAGUUUCAUACUAAACUCCAAGGCAUCAUAAAUAGCCAGUUUUUGAUGCCUCCUCUUUUACUUCAGUCACAGAUCUCAGUAGCAGUGUCAAAAUUUAGAAAUAAGAAUUUCAUUCUGUAUAAUUUAAAAGCCAGGGGGUUGUAUCAUGAAGGCCUUUGUAUGAUAAUGGGAAUUUUAUAUAAAUAAGCAUUUUCAAACAUGUGUUAGUGGGUGUAAAUAUUUCUUACAUUUUUAAUUUUAUGGUGAUCAGUGUUACCUAAUUUGCUUAACAUUUACUAUCCCCUACACCCAAUAAGUUAAAUACUUAUAUUAUAAAAGCAUUGAAAAAUCUACCAAUUAGUAUGGUUUAGCACCAAAGAUUCUAAAUCCUUCACUAUGGUACUUAACAAAUUUUCAGAUUGGUAACCUACAGACAUGGCUGGCAGAUAAAUGUAUGAUCAUGAUCACGUCAGUGAACUUGAUUGGAAAGGCUUACUGAUUGUUCCUGCCCAGCACCAUGCUGGGCAUGCCCCACUCAGGAGCCUCAAGUCUCCUUCACGUAACCUUUCCUGUGAUCGGAUUCCAUGGAGGCCACAGCCAUACCCUGGCCUGGUGCUGCAGCCAAGGAAGCUCUCACACCUUCAGCCUCCCAUAACCUAGUUACUCUCUCCGCCGAUAAAAGAGAAAUUCUUUUGUUUAAAGAGUUCUCUCCAUUGUUAGGACAAAAGCACUGAACUAAGAAUUUUAACGGUUUGUUUUGCCUUUGCUAAUUUUAUGAAAAUACAGUUCUUUGGUUAUCCAGAUUAACACAAAUCAGUAAAAAAGAAAAAUCAUUUUCAAAACUAUUUUUUAUAAAUAGCAGCAGGGUGUCACACACACCUUUAGUCCAAGCACUCAGGAAGCAGUGGCAGGCCAAUCUCUGAGCGCAAGGCCAGCCUGCUCUGCAUAGCGAGUUCCAGGCUACCUGGGGCUACAGGAAGACCCAGUCUCAAACAAACAAACAAACAAAUUGGCAAAGGGCCAGUGGUGACUAUCGAGCAUUUGCUGCUCUUACAGAGAACUUAAGUUUGGUUCUCAAUACUGACAUCAGACAACUCAUAACUGCCUGUAACUUCAGCCUCAGGGGAUCUGAUGCCCAUGUCUGACCUCUUGGGUAUCCAUAUGCAUGUGGCAGACACACAGAAAUACACAUAUACACAAAACCCAAAAAUAAAAAUCUAAGACAACAACAAAAAUAGUUAGCAAAUGCUAACCCCAAAAUUGGCCUCAUCCUGUUGUGUGUGUUAUAAGGUUAACAGUGACAAUAAUUGCAGUGCAAAGUUCAUCACGUUUGUAAGUUUAAUUUCUGUUAAUUGUAAAAAAGUUAGAAAUUGAUGCACUGGGUUUUUUCUUGAGUUGUGACACAGCCAGUUAUUCAGAAGAGUUAUAUAUAAUCAGCUCUCAUUCACUAAUAUUCUAUAGAAAAUAAAAGAUUUUAAUGGGCCAGUCAUUUCCCCCCAGAAAUCUUAGUGUUAUUAAUGUUUCCCCAUAAUAUUAACAUACUUUAUGAAAUAGCUCAUCUGAAUAAAAGCCAUUUAUUUUCAUGAAAAUAAGAAGAAAUACAUUUUAGGAGAAAAGGCACAAAAUUUUCUCUUAGGCAGUAUGUAGCAGAUGAAAAUUCCUUUAAUAGUAGCAGCCACAGGUGCUGCCAUCCUAACGUCCUGUGUAGCCUGCCGGCCAUACCACCCUGAAUGCCCCGUCUCCUCUGGUUCCCUGUGUAGCCUGUGCCGUACCACCCUGAAUGCCCCAUCUCCUCUGGUUCCCUGUGUAGCCUGCCGGCCAUACCACCCUGAACACCCCGUGUCUUCCAGUUCCCCGUGUAACCCCUAGCAAAGCUGUUAGCGUCUCUGGGCCCUGGUGUCUCCUGCCUAUUGUACUAUGUUUCCUCUGUGAUCCUUUCUAGUCCUUAAUGUAUAUAAUUAUCAAUAGUAAAGUAAAAUUAAAGUAAUAUUCCUUUUUAGAAAUUA